AUGUCUUUUCUCCAUUCAAAAUCAUUUUCUUUCUUUCUUUCUUUCUUUCUUUCUUUCUUCUUGAUAAUUUUAUUCUAUUCUAAUUUUUAUAUUUCUUCCAUGUUCUUCCAUGUCUUUUCUCCAUUCAAAAUCAUUUGUUUUUUUCAAUGUCUUUUUCUCCAUUCAAAAUCAUUUGUCUUUUCUUUCUUUUUUUAUUCUUUCUUUCUUUCUUUCUUUCAUUCUUUCUUUGUUCUUCCAUGUCUUUUCUCCAUUCAAAAUCAUUUGUCUUUCUUUCUUUUCUUUCUUUCUUUCUUUCUUUUUCUUUCUUUCUUCUUGAUAAUUUUAUUCUAUUAUAAUUUUUUAUGUUCUUCCAUGUUCUUCCAUGUCUUUUCUCCAUUCAAAAUCAUUUGUCUUUCUUUCUUUCUUUCUUUCUUUCUUUCUUUCUUUCUUUCUUUCUUCUUGAUAAUUUUAUUCUAUUAUAAUUUUUAUGUUCUUCCAUGUCUUUUCUCCAUUCAAAAUCAUUUGUUCUUCCAUGUCUUUUCUCCAUUCAAAAUCAUUUUUUUCUUUCUUUUCUUUCUUUCUUUCUUUCUUUCUUUCUUCUUGAUAAUUUUAUUCUAUUAUAAUUUUAUGUUCUUCCAUGUCUUUUCUCCAUUCAAAAUCAUUUUCCUUCUUUCUUUCUUUCUUUCUUUCUUUCUUUCUUUUCUUCUUGAUAAUUUUUUUAUUCUAUUCUAA